AUGGCAUUCUAUGAAAAUAUUUGGGGAGAACGGCAGUUUUUUGAUCUGUCAGAAGCAGACAACAACGAUGAAUUCCCUAACCUGUGGAAAGAAGGCCCCUUUGUUCUUGUAGAAGACAACAUUGAGGAGGAUGAAGGGACCUCCAUGGCAUACAACAAAGAUCAGGUCUCUAACAAUGUAUAUUCCUCAUAUUCCAGGGAGACAAGAGACCGAGAGGCAGAAACUCAGUCGAUAAUGCCAAUUGACACAGAGUUCGAGGAGAGUGUCGGGAAUAUUCCACGUUCUACAACAUCUUUAUCCUUGGCUCAACGUCCUACUAUUGAUUCUCCUGGUAUUCCAUCACAACAUUACCAAAAUCAUUCCGUCUAUGCAACAAUGCCGCCUUCUUUCAACACAAUCUCCAAUACCAUAAGACGACCAGAUAUGCUUCAACGAUCUUCUGCUUUGUCAUCCUCCUUCUCGUCAGAUAAAGAUAAUAGACAUGAAUACAAGCACAGGGAAGACGUGUCUUAUUCGAUGAUGAUAUCAAGACCUUCCAGUAGUCGCCGAGAGAAAAAUAGUAUUGACAAAAUAAUUGAAGACCACAACAAAAGACAUGCUGGAAAGUUAGGAGUUACACCAAUCAAUUCAAAACCACUAGCUUCCAAGGUCAUUCAAAAGAAGCCAACUAAACGAAAGGGGCAUAAAUAUUCUGGAAGUUUGGAAGGAUUCAUGGUAGAAUGUCAAGACCAGCACAGUGGUUCAAGAUUGUCAGGGAUAUAUCAGGAAUAUCAGCUUGAUCGCGAUGAAUCAACUCAGUCUUGGAUGUUUGAAGAGCAAGAUUCUUUCCAGCAGAUGGGCCAAAUGGAACAGAUACUUCCAACAUCGACGUCUUUCCAGCACAUGGGUCAGAAAAUGAUUGACCUGCAAUGGUUUAAUUCCCAUUGCCAAUCUCUUUCAUUACCUCAAAACACAGGUACUCAACAGCCAAUUCAUUCUUUCCAGCAGAUUGGCCAUGCAUAUUAUGAUCAGAGCUCGUAUCCCUUCAAUUAUAUAUCAGUUCUUGAUGAACCACACUUGCCAUUAUUUCCAGAAAGAAAUUUAUGGGCAACUCGAGCAACCGACACUUCACCUAAUCAGUCACAUUAUCAAUUUCAAAUGCCUGCCGUUCAAACACAGGAUUUUGGAACUCAGCAGUACACCACUGUGAGAAAUGGAUAUUGUGCCACCGUACGCUUUCCUUCUUUGCAUCAGUCUUUCGGGUCCGAGAGAGGAAGUGGCCGAUCCUCCGAAUCGUCAACCAGCCCUUCGUUGUCUCCUUGUCAAUCACAAACCUGCCACACACAUAGCUCAGAAAAGGUGCAAGAAUGGAACAGAAAAUCCAUAUAA